UCAUCCACACGCACAGGUGUCAACUCCCUCUGCCACCUGCAUACAUGUGUCACCCACAUGCAAUACCGAAACCUCAAUCUACGUCAAUACAUAAACUUUCUCUUCCUUCAUUCAUCUCUCAGACUCGGACAGAGCCCAAACAAAAUUUCUCAAUCUUGUUUUCGAACAAAACAUAAUAUUAAUGUCGUCCUCAUCCAUCUCUUCAUUCUCAUCAACUCUCAUCAGACGAACAAUCCCAUUUUGUUCAUCCACCACCUCUACUACUUCUGCAACAAGCAGUCAAUUUCUGUCACCCAAAAGAAAGCCCAUAUGCCCCCUUGCAUAUCAUAUUCUAGCCCGUGCCCUACCCGACCCGCCCGACCAGUACCCGACCAAGAGCCCACCAGAGUUUUCUCCCCCAGUUCCAGGCCGCUAUGACCAGCCUUCUGCUCCUCCUGAGGUGCCUGGGAUUUCCACCUCUCCGGAUGUGGACCCCACUUCUGUUCCGCCUCCUGAAGUGAAUCCAUACCCUCCACCGGUUGACCCGGAUCCGAACCCGGCCCCGGAUUUUCCAGUACCUCCCUUGAAACCGCCUCCUGUGCCCGAUAUCCCACCACCGUUUCCUGAUAACCCGCUUCCAAAACCCGACCAAGAGCCGCCACAACCACCUGAUAUUGUGCCUCCUCCCCCGCCGGGGCCCGAGAUUAUUUCCGCCACCAGCUCCCCCGCCACCCCCAACUGGCCCGGGUGGGCCAAUUGUUGUGUAGAUAUCUGUUUUUGACACAUUGUGUAGAUGAAGUUUCUGAUCUUAUUUAUUAUUGAUCAAG